AGUUAGAUUACAUAAGUUUCUUUAAGCCCACACAUCCCUCACUCUCUGCUGCCAAUUAGGGUUUACUGAUACCAGCCAUAUCUUCUCACUCAGUGCUCCUUCCUUCCUUCCUAACCCUCAACCAUGGCGGAGCAGAUAGAGAAGGCGUUUUUGAAGCAACCUGGUGUUUUUCUAAGCUCUAAGAAGACAGGGAAGGGAAAGAGACCAGGAAAGGGAGGAAAUCGAUACUUUAAGAGUACCGGGUUAGGAUUCAAAACUCCUCGCGAAGCUAUUGAAGGUACGUAUAUUGACAAGAAAUGCCCAUUCACUGGCAAUGUUUCCAUCAGAGGUCGUAUCCUUGCUGGUACAUGCCACAGUGCUAAGAUGAACAGAACCAUCAUUGUUCGUCGCAACUACCUACAUUAUGUCAAGAAGUACCAGAGAUAUGAGAAGAGGCACUCGAAUAUUCCAGCUCACAUCUCACCUUGCUUCCGUGUGAAAGAGGGAGAUCAUGUUAUUAUCGGACAAUGCAGGCCGUUAUCCAAAACCGUGAGGUUCAAUGUCUUGAAGGUGAUUCCAGCCGGUUCUGCUGGUGGCGGGAAAAAAGCUUUUGCCGGAAUGUGAGCUGAGGGGCUCUUCUAUUUUAAUGUUUACAGCUAGGAAUGAUGUCUAGGCUUUUCUGCUUUUGCUGAAUUCCAGUCUUCAUUAAUUUUCUUCUGAAGGUUUAAAUUUUGAAACUUAAUGCUAGCAACAAGUUUAUUUUUCCUAUUAUGCAUAUGUACUAAUCUUAUAAGAGUUUGGUGAUUGAACUUUUUUUCUUAGAAAGGAUUGUUUGGUGAUA